CAUCAUUACAAUCACUAUCUUUUGUACAACCUAGUAAUAAUAACAUAUCCUGAAUCAUGGCAAAUCUUGUUUCGUCUCCAGGAAGAAUUCCAUCGGAUGCUGCGCAUUUGCUUCAUUCCUCACAACCACCAUCAUCCAUUGGUCGAUCUGGUGCCUUUACUCCUCAACACAAUGUACUCUUCUCCGAAUCUAAUAUGAGUCAACAUGCUCAAACCCCAGUACCAGAGGAUAACGUACCUGUCAAUCGUAGAAGAAAAAUCGCUGUGCCUAAAGUUGUUGAUUUAACUGGUGAAAAAGUUCAAGAAUCAUUUGAACAAUUUCUAGAAGAAUUCAUUGAUGAAGAAACUGCUCGUACUGAUGAUGAAUAUCAAGGAAGAAUUUAUGUUGCCCAAUUUGCAGUCAUGAAAUCUUAUGAAUUGAGUACCUUGUAUGUCAACUACCAACAUUUGAUUAGUAGAGAAAACGGUGUCUUAGCUUCUGCUAUCUUGGAACAAUACUAUCGUUUCUCUCCAUUUUUAAUAAAAGGUUUAAGGAAACUUUUGAAAAAAUAUGCACCAACUCUUUUAUACACUAGUUUGUUAAACAACCCUAAUAAUUCAGAAGAUGGAGAUUCAAAGACAAAUUCAUCUGAUUCUACUACAACUUCACAAGCUGAUGAAAGAACUUUCCAAAUAUCAUUUUUCAAUCUUCCGACCAUUAAUAGAAUUCGUGAUAUCCGUACUGAUAGAAUUGGUUCAUUGAUGUCAAUUCUGGGUACUGUUACUAGAACUUCAGAAGUUCGUCCUGAAUUGUAUAAGGCAUCUUUCACAUGUGACAUGUGUUCUGCAGUGGUUGAUGGGAUUGAACAAGUGUUUAGAUAUACUGAACCAACCGCAUGUCCAUCAUGUGAAAAUCAAUCUUAUUGGACUUUAAAUGUAUCAAAGUCUCAAUUUAUUGAUUGGCAAAGAGUUAGAAUUCAAGAAAAUUCAAAUGAAAUUCCAACUGGUUCCAUGCCUCGUACUUUAGAUGUCAUCUUAAGAGGUGAAACUGUUGAAAGAGCAAAACCAGGUGAUAAAUGUAAAUUUACUGGUACAGAAAUCGUGAUUCCAGAUGUUUCACAAUUGGGCUUACCUGGUAUAAAGGCGCAAUCGAUUAAGGAAAAUAAAGGUGGGUUCCUGUCAGAACUUAAUUCAGGUGUUAGUGGGUUGAAAAGUCUUGGUGUAAGAGAUCUUACUUAUAAGAUUGCAUUCUUGGCAUGUCAUGUAUCUUCUCUUGUUAAUAAAAAUAAUUCAAGUGAACAAACUGAAGAAAAUGAUACAACCAAUAGUUCUGCUAUUGCUUACCAGGGAACCAAUGAACAAGAAGUAUUCUUAACAUCUUUGACAGAUUCUGAAGUUUCUCAAUUAAAGGAAAUGGUUAAGGAUGACUAUGUGUACAAUAAACUUGUUAAAUCCAUUGCCCCUGCUGUUUUCGGUCAUGAAGUUGUAAAGAAGGGUAUUUUACUUCAACUUUUAGGUGGUGUACACAAGGAAACCAUUGAUGGAAUUAAUUUGAGAGGUGAUAUUAAUAUUUGUGUGGUUGGAGAUCCUUCUACAUCCAAAUCUCAAUUUUUGAAAUAUGUAUGUGGCUUUUCUCCUAGAGCUGUUUAUACCUCUGGUAAGGCUUCAUCUGCUGCUGGUUUGACUGCAGCUGUUGUCAAGGAUGAAGAAAGUGGAGAAUCCACCAUUGAAGCUGGUGCAUUAAUGUUGGCUGACAAUGGUAUUUGUGCAAUUGAUGAAUUCGAUAAGAUGGAUAUCAGUGAUCAAGUUGCCAUUCACGAAGCGAUGGAACAACAAACUAUUUCGAUUGCAAAAGCUGGUAUCCAUGCUACUUUGAAUGCUAGAACCUCUAUUUUAGCUGCAGCAAAUCCAAUUGGUGGUAGAUAUAAUAGGAAAUUAGGUUUGAGAUCUAAUUUGAACAUGACUGCACCAAUUAUGUCAAGAUUUGAUUUAUUCUUUGUCAUUUUGGAUGAUUGUAAUGAAAAGAUUGAUACUCAACUUGCUUCACACAUUGUGGAUUUACAUAUGUUGAGAGAUGAAGCAAUUAAUCCACCAUACUCUGCUGAACAAGUUGCUCGUUAUAUUAGAUACGCCAAAACCUUUAAACCAAGAAUGACUAAAGAGGCAAGAGAUUUCUUGGUGACAAGAUAUAAGGAAUUAAGAAACGAUGAUGCUCAAGGAAUUGGUAGAUCUUCCUACAGAAUUACAGUCAGACAAUUGGAAUCCAUGAUUAGAUUGUCGGAAGCAAUUGCCAGAGCUAAUUGUACUGAUGAAAUUACUCCAAGUUUUGUUGCCGAAGCGUAUGACUUGUUGAGACAAUCUAUUAUUCGUGUUGAAAUGGAUGAUGUCGAAAUUGAAGAAGAAGAUCCUUCAUUGGUUCGUGAGGAAGAAGCCGCAGCUGAAGUGUCCGAAGAAGCUGUAGCAGCUUCUGUGGAACAAUCUAAAAAGAAAGAAUCUACGGCAAUUUCGUACGAUAAGUAUGUGGCCAUGAUGAAUUUAUUAGUAAAAAAGGUAUCUGAUGAUGACAAUGAAGGGGGAGAAGGCUUAACAGCUGAAGACUUGGUUCAAUGGUACUUGACCCAAAAAGAAGAUGACAUUCAAAGUGAACAAGAAUAUUAUAUUGAAAGAAAAUUGGGUUUCAAGGUGUUGAAGAGAUUGGUCAAGGAUAAAAUCUUGAUGAGUGUAUCCAAUAAUGUGGACGAAGAAAGCAAUCUUCCAAUUCUGGUAGAUGGUGUUCAAGCCCAAGCGACAAACACUAGAACAGUUUAUAUCUUGCAUCCAAAUUGUGCUAUUUUAGAUUUCUUUGACCAACCUGGCCCUAGAGAAUCUGAUCAGGAAAAUGAAUAAAUUAUGUAAGAUAGAAAUUAUUUGUGUAUAUUAAUUAUAAGAAAAAGAUUAAAUUUGUUCAUAUGUACUAUCCAAUAUAUUUUUAAUAAAAAAAAAAGACGACU